AUGGCAAACGACAGAUAUUUGGUGCGUUUACCGUUCAAUGAUAAGAAGAUCCUACUGGGAGAUUCGAGGCGCACGGUCGAAAAACGAUUUUAUGGAUUGGAAAAACGUCUGAACGGCGUUCCUGAGCUGAAGCAACAGUAUAGUGACUUCCUGCGGGAGUACGAAGCACUUGGUCACAUGAUCGAGAAUCCGAAGCCCGAUGAUUCACAGGGUUUCUAUUUACCACACCACUAUGUCCUGAAACCCACUAGUUCUACUACAAAGUUACGUGUGGUUUUCGAUGGAUCAGCAGCGUCAGAUACGGGGAUUUCAAUCAAUGAAACCCAAUUGAUCGGGCCAAUUGUACAAAAUGAUUUGGUCUCGAUUCUUCUGAAUUUCCGUAUCCAUAGAUUUGUGUUUACAGCCGACAUCUCUAAAAUGUACCGGCAAGUCGCGGUACACGAAGACGACCGAAGAUAUCAGAGAAUCUUGUGGAGGGAAACCCAGAAUGAACUAUUGAAAACGUACGACUUGCAAACCGUAACGUACGGCUUAGCUUCAUCGCCAUUUCUUGCGACGAUGUCUCUCCGUCAAUUGACUGAAGAUGAAGGAGUACAGUAUCCAUUAGCCUCGAAGGCGAUCCAGAAAUCUUGCUAUAUGGAUGAUGCACUCUUUGGAGCUGAUACAUUACCGGAAAUCAUUGAAUUGAAGAAUCAGACCGUAGCUCUUUUGGCAAAGGGUUGUUUUUGUGUACACAAAUUUGCCUCGAAUUCCCAAGAACUACUGACGGACAUCCCAGAAGUCCAACGAGAACGUGGUAUUGAAAUCAAGGAUACCAGUAUCAACACAAUUAUGAAAACACUGGGUGUGGCGUGGAUCCCUGCCAAAGAUGAGUUUACAGUAGUGCUCUCUACACAUCCAGUCGACAAGUACGCUAUUUACACAAAACGAACAAUUUUGAGUCAAAUUGCAAAGAUAUUCGAUCCGUUGGGCUUUGUAGGUCCGGCGGUAACUGCUGCUAAAUUAAUUAUGCGUGAGCUGUGGUCAUUGAACCUGGAGUGGGAUCAAACGGUUCCUGCAGAUAUGGCGCAGUUGUGGAUAGAGUACUACCAACAGUUACAAACUCUAAACAAUAUCAAAAUUCCGCGAUGGAUUUUGAGCAAAGAAACCAGUGACAUCGAGCUCCAUGGGUUUGCUGACGCUUCAGAGCUCGCAUACGGUGCCUGCAUCUAUACACGAUUGAAACGAACUGACGGUACAGCGGAGAUGAAGUUAGUAUGCAGCAAGUCAAGAGUGUUACCCAGGAAAACAAAGGAACAGAAGCAAAUCACCACACCACGUGCCGAAUUAUUGGCGGCAGUGCUAUUAUCACGGUUAACUGUGAAGAUACUAGCUGCGUUCGAAAUACAAUUUAGUUGUGUGACUAUGUGGAGUGACUCGCAAAUUGUCUUGUGCUGGAUUCGAAAGUCACCUAGUGAGCUGAAAACUUACGUUGGCAAUCGAGUCCGAGAAAUUCAAAAUACGACUGAGGGAUUUCAAUGGAAAUACAUCCCAACGAAGGAGAACCCUGCUGCUUGUUUAUCGCGUGGAAUCGCCCCGAAGAACAUGGAGUCUCAUUCGCUCUGGUGGACUGGACCAACAAUGUUUCGUAUUGCAGAUCCAAUCAUUGUUGUGCCGCCUGCAAUAGUGGACGAAGAUAUUCCUGAAGUGAAGAAGACAGUGUUAGUAACAGCGAUCACAGAAGCACGGCUACCGCUUUUCGAUCGAAUUAGCCGUUUUUCAAUUAUUCUGCGUGCUAUGGCAUAUGUGGUGCGUUUUUGUGAUGUUUUGCGUAGUGGUAGGAAGAAACUCACUAACGGUUUACCUACGACGGAUGAGAUUUCACGAUCUCACGCACUGAUCAUGCGAUUAGUGCAAACUGAAGCAUUUGCUACUGAGUUGAAGUUAUUGCGAACGAAGAACCCCAAUUUGAAAGUUCCCUUCCGGAGCUUGCAUCCUUUCAUCGAUCCAAAUGAUGCAAUUCUGCGAGUCGGAGGCCGUUUGAGGAACGCCCAAGUUCCUUAUGAGUACAAGCAUCAAGCGUUACUCCCGGAAAGACAUCCCUUGACAAUAACAUUGAUACGAUACUUGCAUCAAACCAAUCUUCACCCCAAUCAAAGAAGCUUGCUAGCUAUAGUAAGACAGCGAUAUUGGCCUCUACGAGCAAAAAACAUCAUCAGAAAGGUUAUAUAUCAGUGUAUACCAUGCUAUCGGUUAAAACCAACUACAUCUACGCAACUCAUGGGAGAUCUACCCGACUAUCGAGUCCAGCCGUCGUUUCCGUUCACACGCACCGGGCUGGAUUUCGCCGGUCCAUUCAAUAUUCGUGGCAACCACAAACUACGAAACGCGCAGAUUACGAAAGGUUACAUCUGUGUAUUUGUGUGCAUGGCAACUCGCGCCCUUCAUCUGGAAGCGGUUUCAGACUUGACGUCGGAAGCCUUUCUUGGGGCCCUGCAACGGUUUGUCAGUCGUCGAGGUCUGAUCGAGAAUUUGUACUCCGACAAUGCAACCAAUUUUGAAGGCGCUAACAAUGAACUACGUCGUCUAGCUGAACUGUUUCGUGAUGAGCAACAUUGUCGUGAUCUUGAUACGUUUUGUACACAGCGAGGAAUCAAGUGGUCCUUCAUUCCGCCACGAAGCCCACACUUCGGGGGGAUUUGGGAAGCGGGUGUCAAAUCCGUUAAACGGCACCUCAUGCGAAUUUUGGUCGAGCAUAAUCUUUCCUUCGAGCAAUUCUCAACAGUGCUUACCCAGAUAGAGGCGAUUUUAAACUCGCGGCCAUUAACACCUACUUCAGACGAUCCAAACGAUGUUCGUGCUAUCACUCCGGCCCAUUUUCUAAUCGGUCGGGAGUUUCAAACGAUCCCAGAGCCUUCAUAUCAGCAAAUUCAUCCUGGUCGGCUGUCCAAGUGGCAGUUCGUCCAAGAUUUAAAGCAAAAAUUCUGGAACCUGUGGAUGACCCACUAUCUUCACGAGCUUCAGCAACGCCAGAAGGAUUUUAAAAUCACCACGUUCAAGAUUGGUGCGUUAGUAUUGGUCGUCGACGACAACGUACCUCCUUUGCAAUGGAUGCUUGCCCGCAUCACUGAGCUGAUUCCAGGAAGAGACGGCCACACACGUGUGGUUGGUCUGCGUUUACCUAACGGCAAAACAACGACGAGAGCAAUCAAGAAGAUCUGUUUACUUCCAUUGGAUGGUGAAGGAGAAGAACCAGCCAUCCCUUCUUGA